AUGGGGGGAAGAAGAAGAAGACAACAGAUGGAGGAGGAAAUUUACGCCGAGCCAGUUCACUUUGACCAUCUUGAGUCAGCUCCUCGUGUUAGAAAUGCAAAGGAGAAGACGUUUGACAGCUUGGAUGACUUUGAGAGAUAUAUUAAGAUUGAGGCUGGUGAUAACGAAUUCGACCAGUUGGAUCUCCAUGUCAGGUAUUUACCUCCAUUCAUUGUCCGUCAGACCCAUGGGCAGGAGGACAAGAUCAAACCUCAAAUGAAUUCCUUGAACAAGAAGUUCAGAAGACAUUUGAAACAUCAUCUAAAGAGACACUUGUUGCCAGAGAUUAGUAUGAUGUCCGGCGUCGAUUAUGACUUUAAGGAAGCCUCUGCUGGCUUCUCGCAGAACCUUUACGGAACUACUUCGUCCUACAAGUGGCAAUUUAUGGACGACGGAAACCAUGGCUUUAACGAGUCCGAAUAUUCCAGAAGAAAGCACUGGAAGGUUCAGGUCGAUGUCGAAUCCGACUCUAAUGGCCCUUACAUUAAUGUCGACUUCAAGGCAGCAGCUCUCGACAGCGAGUAA